AUGACGGCCCACGACCAGAUGCGAGCUAUGCUCGACCAAUUGAUGGGUACAGGACGUAAUGGUGAAAAUAAUAAAUUUCAAGUAAAAUACUCCGAUCCAAAAGUCUGCAAGAGUUUUCUUCUGGCAUGCUGUCCUCAUGAAAUUCUAUCAUCCACUCGCAUGGACCUGGGAGAAUGCCCCCAGAUUCACGACUUAGCCCUGCGAGCUGACUAUGAGGCUGCGCAGAAAAAGAAAGACCACUUUUAUGAUAUUGAUGCAAUGGAACAUCUGCAAAAUUUUAUUGCUGAUUGUGACCGUCGAACCGAGCAAGCUAAACAACGUCUUGCUGAAACUCAAGAAGAGUUGAGCGCCGAAGUUGCCGCGAAAGCCAACAGCGUUCAUGUACUGGCCGAAGAAAUCGGAAAAAAAUUGGCAAAAGCUGAGCAGCUGGGUGAAGAGGGUUUCGUCGAGGAAUCCAUGAAGCUGAUGGGUGAGAUUGAUGAAUUACGUAAGCGUAAAAAUGAAGCUGAACAAGAGUAUAGAAAUAGCAUGCCAGCAUCGAGUUAUCAGCAACAAAAGUUGCGUGUUUGCGAGGUGUGCAGCGCUUACUUAGGGAUACACGACAACGAUCGACGACUCGCUGACCACUUUGGUGGUAAACUUCAUUUGGGAUUCAUCAAGAUCCGUGAAAAGUUAGCGGAACUUGAGAAAACAGUUGAGGAAAGACGCAGAGAGAAACGCGAGUCGAUGAUGGACCGUGACCGACAUCGCGAUGACCGUGAUCGCGAUCAUCGUGAUUCGAGGAACGAUCGUGGGCGUGGUGGACUUGGAUAUCGGGAUCGCGAACGUGAUCGUGACCGCGAUCGUGAUCGCCGUGACCGUGAUCGCAGGCGCUCGCGGUCACGCAGUCGCAGCCGUGGUAAAAGGUCUCGACGAUCCCGCAGCGACAGUCGGGGUCGUAGAUCCCGUUCACGACGAAGUGGAUCCAACGAUCGUAAACGAUAA